AUGCCGGCCGCCGUACGGGAGGUCACCUCAAAGCCGGAGCGGAGAACGCCUACACUUGGUACAAGCGGCGGGGAGCCUGCCAAGAUGGCCGGCAAGAAGCGUGUGCGUAACUUCACAGCCGAUGACCGCGCGACCCAUCGCAUAUUCGAGAAAAACCGGCGCGAAGCGUUCAAGGGCCGUCUGACUGUGGGUCUUACUGAGUCCUUACAAUCAUCUUUGAUCUACUGUGCUCCCCUUAGCAGCACUGACCCUCGACGCCUUUCCAAGCACGUCGUGGUCGAAGAGAGCAUUGCUCGUCACAAGCUCAUGAAAAGUCUCUGCUCUGAUGCGUUCCAAGACAUCCGUGCUCUGGUGCAAGAGCGUGAUGAGCUUCUUGCUCAGGUCAACCACCGGAGGCUUAUUGACGGUUUAGCGCCACAGGCUGCGAAGGCCGUCAAUCUACACAUAGACCGCCUUCAGCUCCGUGUCACCAACGGCCGUUUCAGGGUCUAUGCCUACUUUAAUAUCCCUCGCAAUUCCGGCGCCCGCAGCGGAAACCACUCUCCUCGACCGUUUCUGGGAUGUGACGCACCAGGAGUCGAUUUCCCACACGAUCACAUUGCCCUUACAAGAUUUACCAUCAUUCGCGACACAGGAUCCCUCGCAAACCUGCGCCGAAAUUUCUUCCUCUGCUCUAGCCAUUCAAGACGUCCCUUUCCUGGACUUUGA